AUGGCAUCAAGUGCCACAAUCAAGGCGAUUGAAUCCAGCACGGUCCAUCAAAUACAGUCUGGCCAAGUCAUUGUAGAUCUCUGCUCUGUAGCAAAGGAGUUAGUCGAGAACAGCUUCGACGCUGGAGCAACCUCCAUCGACGUCCGCUUCAAAAAUCAAGGCCUGGACUCGAUUGAAGUCCAAGACAAUGGCUCAGGCAUUGCAUCCCACAACUACGAGUCCAUCGCCUUGAAGCACUACACAUCCAAGCUCACGAGCUACGAUGACCUCUCGGAGCUGCAGACGUUCGGCUUCAGAGGUGAGGCGCUGUCUUCGCUCUGCGCCUUGUCCCGCUUUGCAGUUGUGACAUGUACCGCCCAAGACGUACCACGCGCGACCAGGCUCGAGUUUGAGACAUCCGGGAAGCUUAAGAGCACCAGCGUCGUCUCGGGCCAGAGAGGCACCACUGUCAUUGUCGAAGAUCUCUUUCACAACCUACCCGUCCGUCGCCGAGAACUGGAGCGGAACAUCAAGAGGGAAUGGGGCAAGGUGAUCAACCUCCUCAACCAGUAUGCAUGUGUGCAAACCGGCGUCAAGUUCACCGUCUCUCAGCAGCCCACCAAGGGCAAGCGCAUGGUUUUGUUCUCAACCAAGGGUAACCCCACCACCCGCGAGAACAUUAUCAACGUGUUUGGCGUGAAAACCAUGAAUGCCCUGAUACUGAUGGACCUCAAGCUUGAACUGACGCCCACAGCUGGACCCCUUAGCAAGGGCAAGGCGAGGGCAGGUGGAAGCGCCGCUGAGGUCCGAGUUCUUGGCCACGUUUCUCGACCAGCCCACGGCGAAGGCCGGCAAACCCCGGACAGGCAAAUGUUCUAUGUCAACGGGCGGCCUUGCGGCUUGCCUCAGUUCGCCAAGGUGUUCAACGAAGUCUACCGAUCUUACAACGCUUCUCAAUCGCCGUUUAUCUUUGCCGACAUUCAGUUAGACACCCAUCUUUAUGACGUCAACGUCAGCCCUGACAAGCGGACCAUUUUGUUGCACGACCAAGGACAAAUGCUCGACAAUUUACGGGAAUCGUUGAUUGAGCUUUUUGAGACACAAGAUGUCACCAUCCCCGUGUCCCAAGCGCAGACGUUAAAGCAGAACCCUUUCAAGACGGCGGCCGGCCGUUCGUGGACGCCCACUUCGGCUCAGCCGAGCAGCAGGGCGGCGACUGUGGAAUCGCAACGACAAGCCGAGCCUAGCUCCCCAAUCCACCAGAAGCAGCGGACCGUGGGGCAUGAGGAGGUCGGCGAUGAACAGGAGGACGACGAGGAAAUGAGCGAGGAGGGAGGGGACGAUGAGUCGCCGAAUAAAAAGCAAGCGCCUCCUAAGCCGAGGAGCUCGCUACAAUCCGCGACCAUGUUAUCCCAGUGGCUUGCGAAAAGUCCCAACGACCAACCGGAUUCUGCGGUGACAGCCAAGAUCCAACAACGUGCGGGCAGCGCCGCAGAUGUUGCCUCUCGUUCUGGCCCGGUAGUCGCAACGGAUGACGGCGCUGAAGAGAACUCCGAAGAUGAAGAACGGGCGUGUGUGGCGGCGGGAGGAGAUGAAUCGAGCAACGAAAACCCGAAAAUCGUGAAAUCCAUUGCCCGCUCGACGAGAUCCGGUGACAAGCCGACAGGAAGCUCAGAAGAAGACGAUGAUCACGACCCCAGGGCUGAGCCCGAACCGCCAAUUCCCGCCAUUGCCCCUUCAUCCCAGACAUCAUCAACAUCACGAGUCGUCCCGAUGACCACGGCGCGGCCGCUCAAGCGUUCUACCCAGGAAGUAGCAACCGUCACCAUCGGUGACCACACGGUGACGAGCCUGAUCGGGAAUUCUGCCAAACGCCCUAAAGUCGACGAAGACCCGAGACCGACUCGGGGGACGGGUUCUGGGAAAACGGGGAAACGAAGCGCACCUCUACCAUCUUUUGGCGGACGCCUCUCUCAACUCUUUUCUGCGUCAGCGCGUGCUGAUGAAGGCACCGAAGACAAGACUGGGGUCUUGGCCGAGGAUAUUGAUGAGGAUAUGGAAGACUCCAGUGAAGACAUCGACGAGCAUACGGAAGGGUCCGAUGAAGAUGUCGAGGAGCAAGUGGAAGAGCCUACCGGAGCCGUUGACGAGGAGAUGGAAGAACCCGGCGAGGAAGUCGCUGAAGAUGAAGAUCAGGAGGGGUCCCUCUUUGUGUCUCAAGAGGAAGACCGUGGGCGAACCAAACACGAAAUCGACGGCGAGGCUGAAGAGCUUAGAGAAGGGUUUCCUGUUUCAGGGGAGGCCGAGAGUCCGGUUUCACCUAGCAACCCCAACACACCUAGGGAGUCUGUUGAGCACUCGCCCUCCUGCCACGGCGAUGAUGCCGCGGACGACGCCGACUACGCCGAUGAGGACGAAAAGAAAGCUCAAGAAGACCAAAAGGUUCGGGAAAUGAUAGACGCGGCCGAGGCCACUGCCGAGCCAACCGAAGAAGGGGAAAAGCGAUCUCAGUUAUUUGUCAAGGGGCGGUCAAAACGCAAAGACAUGACGCUCAACCUAGAGCAGCAAGUCAAGACCAGUGGGGAUGAGAUACAGCAACGCAUCGCAUCCCUCACACGCCACAUACCACCCCCGCAGUUCGGGGCCUCCCAAAGCGCCAGCCCAGACGGCAUCGAAGCAGCCGACGCUGAGGAGAAGCUGUCCCUCAAGAUCUCCAAGUCCGACUUCGCAAAGAUGCGCAUCGUCGGGCAGUUCAAUCUGGGCUUCGUGCUCGCCGUGCGCGAGGCCGCGGCGUCCCCAGAAAACGCCCCCGAAGCGGCCGACGACGAGCUCUUCAUCAUCGACCAACACGCGUCGGACGAGAAAUACAACUUCGAACGCCUCCAAGCCACCACCACCGUCCAAUCGCAGCGCCUCGUGCAGCCCAAAACCCUCGAGCUCACAGCCCUUGAAGAAGAGAUAAUCCUAGAACACCAGCCGGCGCUAGAGCGCAACGGGUUCGUCGUACAGGCAGACACAUCCGGUGCGCGCGCCGUCGGGUCGCGCAUCCAGCUGCUGAGCCUGCCGCUGAGCCGCGAGACGACCUUCUCGCUGGCCGACCUGGAGGAGCUCAUUUUCUUGCUGGCCGACAACCCGACAUGUUUGCCAUGCGCGCCUGCCGCAGCAGCAUCAUGA